CACUACGGCUCCUCUUCCCGCAACCGGUUAGGUCUCCCUCUCGUCCCCGUGCCAAGGAGUUUGACGCUGCUGUGCCCGGGGCAUCAUGGCAGUUUUUGAGGUGAGCCCCCGCUCCCUGAUCUCCCCGCUGGGCAUCGUCCGCUUCUGCGAGAUCUUCUUCGCCUGCACGGCCUUCAGCCUGGUCGCCGUCCACCACAGCUACUCCGGCUCCAGCGGCGACUGGUGCAUGUUCACCUGGUGUUUCUGCUUCGCCGUCACCGUCCUCAUCAUCUUGGCGGAGUUCAUCGGCCUGGCCCAGUCGCUGCCUAUCUCGUGGGACGACUUCACCUCCGCCUUCUCCAUGCUGGCCGCUCUCAUGAUCUUCACCACCUCCGUGGUCUACCCGUCGGUCUUCAUCCACAACAACUGCUCCGGCAGGGUGUGUGGCUACAAAGGCGCCGCCACCGCCAUGUCGAUCCUCUGCUUCAUCGCUUAUGCCGUCGAAGUGGGACUCACCCGAGCCAAACCCGGCGAGAUCAGCGGCUUCCUGGCCACCGUUCCGGGCCUCCUGAAGGUGUUCGAGGCCUACGUGGCUUGUCUUAUUUUCUCCAUGCUCUCCAUGACAGACUACCGGUCCUAUGCCGGCCUGCAGUGGUGCGUGGCCGUCUACAGCAUCUGCUUCAUCAUCACGACACUCAUCAUCAUCCUCACCGUGGGACGUUGUCUCGCUUCUUUGCCUUUCCCCUUGGAGAAGUUCAUGGUAGGUUACAACGUCCUGGCUGUGCUGAUGUACAUCACGGCCACCUUUGUGUGGCCCAUCUAUGGUUUCAAGAACCUGCAAAGAACAGAGGUAUGCAAUUCGAAACCCUGCACCUGGGACUAUCGUCUUGGAGUGACUUUCCUGACCAUCUUCAACCUCAUUGCCUACAUUGUCGAUCUUGUCUACUCCUCCAAGAUGGUCUUUGUGACCACACCGGCGUAAAAACUCCACCGGGUAGAGUGAACCUGACUUGGG